AUGGGCUGCACCAACAGCAAGGGCGCCGGCCCGGACGCGAAAUCACGGGACAAGAGUGGGAAACAGUCCGAUCAUGCACAGCGCGUGACCGUGCAGGACCCGCCUAAGCCCGCCCUGAAGAAGGACGGCGAGGACGCCGGCGCGGUCCCCGACGCAUACAAGGGCGGGAACGAAGGCGGCAUCCUGCAAGAGGUGCAGGGUCUCGAUGUGCAAGCAGGCGGGCAGGGGCUGAAGCUGUUCCAGGCCGCGGAGGUCUUUCGGAACCGCGGGAAGCUGCAGCAGGCGAUCAACCGGUACCGCGAGGCGGCGAGGGAGUUCGAGGAGGAGUUCGGCGCCGGGUCGCUGCUGGAGGCGCACGUGAUGCUCAACAUGGGGUUUGCGCACAUGGGGCUGGUGCAGUACGAGGACGCGCUGACGGCGUUCACGCAGGCGCGCGAGCUGUACGCGAACAACAAGGGCGCGCAGGACAAGAUUGUGGCGCAGGCGAUGACGAACCGCGCGAUGGCGCUGGUGGAGCUGUCGAGGUACAAGGAGGCGGUGACGGAGUUGACGCAGGCGCUGGAGAUCUGGGAGGCGCAGGGGACGCGGCAGUCGCAGCCGCAGUGGGUGAUCGCGACGCUGACGAACCUGGGGAACGCGUACAUGCACCAGGGGAACUACGCGGCGGCGCUCGAGCAGCACCAGGACGCGCUGGCGCUGACGCAGGCCACGCACGGGAACGAGGGGCUGCAGUGCGCGACGCACAACAACAACAUCGCCGUCGUGCUCAAGAAGAUGGGCCGCCACGACGAAGCACUCACAACGUUCCAGCAGGCGUACCAGCUCCUCGUCACGCACGUCGGCCCGCAGCGCCCCGCGUGCAACGUCGUCCUGACGAACAUUUGUUCCGUCAAACUCGCGCUCGGUGACUUCGAAGAAGCCGAGGAGCUCGCGCGGCGCACGCUCGGCGUCUCCGAGCAGCUCUACGGCGGCGCGCACCCGGACGUCGCGACCGACCUCUACAACCUCGGCCGCGCGCUGUCAGGCCAGGGCAAGUAUAACGCAGCAGCACAUGCGCUGACUCAGUGCCUGACCAUCCGCGAGCGCGUGCACAAGCCCGGGCACCCCGAGCACGCGCGCGCGCUGCGCGAGCUCGGGACGGUCAAGGUGUCGCUCGGGCAGAGGGCGGAGGGGGAGGAAAUGCAGCGACAAGCCUUUGAGGCUCUGAAGGCGGCCUUGGGAGCCGACGUGGCCGAGGUGAAGGAGGCGGGGGAGAACAUCGGGGCCGCGGGAGCCGCGCCGCCGAACGAGGCGGACGUGCCGGCCGGCGAGAUGUAG